UAGUAAAUUCCACCGAUUGUCAGACGGGCUGCGUCUGUGACAGUCGGUGAGAGAGAAAAGUCAGGCCGAAGUAUCGAAGAGACACAACUCCUCCAGCAUUGUUAUCAUUAUAAAGUCGUUAUCUCGUGUUUCGUACGCGAGUAGGUGGAUAUUCCCCGUGCAUUGUCACACAAGCCGAGAGUGUUAAAUUUGUCAUUAGCAUCGCCAAUAAUAAUUAGUGAAUAAUGGCAGAUACAACGGUGGACGCAACAAGACGUUUGAAUGUCAAGAAACAGACGUUGGACGAUGCAUACGCUGCACCAGCGAAUUUCCUCGAGAUUGACGUGAUCAAUCCGAUCACUCACGGUGUCGGCAAAAAACGGUACACCGACUACGAGGUUCGCAUGAGGACUAAUCUGCCGGUGUUCAAGGUGAAGGAGUCGAGUGUCAGGAGAAGGUACAGUGAUUUCGAGUGGCUGAGGAACGAGUUGGAACGGGACAGUAAGAUUGUGGUGCCUCCUCUACCCAGCAAAGCCUGGAAACGACAGAUGCCUUUCAGGGGUGACGAUGGCAUUUUCGAAGACGAUUUCAUCGAGGAUCGGAGAAAGGGACUGGAGAUAUUCGUUAAUAAAAUUGCUGGACAUCCACUAGCCCAAAACGAACGAUGUUUACACAUGUUCCUGCAAGAACCAAUGAUAGACAAGAACUAUGUGCCAGGAAAAAUAAGAAAUACGUAGACUCAUUUUCCCAUUCGCAAUAAUAACAUUUUUUCCCCGUGUUUUUUCAAAGAGGAGUCUUUCAGAGUCAUUAAUCGUAUUCAUUAACUCCCAAAUAUUCACUGAAACCGGAGAUUUAUCGAUGUUAUCACAGUAUAUUUAUUUCUCUCAGCCCCGAUAAGAGAAAGAAAAAAACAAGUGGAGAAUGAGAAUUGUCGGUUCUGGAGAUAUAAUGAACGAUUGAAAUGACUUGGGUGCUACUCGCAUUAAAAAUUUGAGGAUCUGUGAAACUUUAGGCUCUUCGGCUAAAUUUUUCAAAAUAUAAACUAAACAAAACCCUAAAUUGAAAUGAUUCAGGUGGGAGAUAAAGGAAAUAACCAUGACAGGAGAUUUUUUGAUAUUUACCAUAUACAUCAGGCGGGCGCAAAUGAUUUUUAAGUACUAGCUGUAUUUAUAUUAUGAAUAUAUUGUGUCUUCAACAUUGAGACUCUUGUUUAUAUCCACUCUGCACCAGCAGUUGAAGAUAAUUUUUUGUUUCCUUUUGCAAUAAGAACAGAACAGAACAAGAACAUAAUGUUACAGUAUAAAAUCACGUAGAAUUAAGGAUAAUAUUUCUUGUUGAACGAUUGAAAUGAAAAAAAAAAAAAUAUGUGUGCAGGAUGUGAUGAGGAUGCAAUUUUUAUCACUUCUUAGCCAUCACAAUUUCUUGAUUUGGAAUAAUCUAGUUUAUAACAUAAAGUACGUUUGUAAUGCUCACAUCAUUUUAUUUCUCAAUUUUUCAUUAAUUAAAAGAAAACAGAACGAAGCAGAAAGUACCUGCAUCGUUAACGAGAAAUAACGAAAGUUUUGGGGAAGAUGCAGGUACUUUAUGCCCCCUCAUACCCGAAAUAUGAAUGAACUAAAUCCCAUUGUGAUCGGAAUAUUUAAAUAAUUAUAUACGUAUAAUUUAAUUGAUAAUGCAAGUUAAUAAUAUGAAUGAGGAAUUUUUAAGAAAAUUCUUAUCGUAAUUUGUACAUUGUACGUCAUUGAGUGGACCUGUCAAGCACCUUUUUUCGGCAACUACACCGUAUUAUAUCACAAUUGUGGUGUUUAUACCUGUUUGUUGCACUCAAUUAUGAUUGGAAACAGAAUUAACAUUGGAAAAUUAUGAAUAAAAUCAUUACUUUUCAAGGA